AUGGAUGGAAAUGGAGAUCCCGAGAGGCAGCAAGCCCUCGAGCAAUACAAGAACAAGCUACUAGAGUCCCGAGAAUGGGAGUCGAAGCUCAAAGCCCUUCGGAUGGACAUCAAGGGUCUUCAGAAGGAAUUCGAAACAACUGAAGAGAACAUCAAGGCAUUACAAAGUGUCGGUCAAAUCAUCGGCGAAGUUCUGAAGCAGCUUGAUGAGGAGCGAUUCAUCGUCAAAGCGUCGUCAGGUCCCAGAUAUGUCGUUGGGUGCCGAUCGAAAGUCGACAAGUCCAAGUUGAAGCAGGGGACGCGAGUGGCGCUCGACAUGACCACCCUAACAAUUAUGCGCAUGUUACCUCGAGAAGUCGAUCCUUUGGUCUACAACAUGUCGCUGGAGGACCCCGGCCAGGUUUCCUUCGCUGGAAUUGGUGGGCUGAACGAACAAAUCCGAGAAUUGCGGGAAGUUAUCGAGCUGCCUCUCAAGAACCCCGAGUUGUUCCUACGGGUCGGCAUCAAACCACCCAAGGGUGUGCUACUCUACGGGCCUCCGGGAACAGGGAAAACCCUGUUGGCAAGAGCAGUGGCGAGCAGUCUGGACACGAACUUUCUGAAAGUCGUCUCAUCAGCGAUCGUUGAUAAAUACAUUGGCGAGUCCGCGAGAUUGAUCAGAGAAAUGUUUGGCUACGCAAAAGAACACGAGCCCUGUAUUAUCUUCAUGGACGAAAUCGAUGCGAUUGGCGGGAGACGAUUCAGCGAAGGCACAUCUGCCGACCGCGAAAUUCAAAGAACGCUGAUGGAACUCCUGAAUCAGCUCGACGGGUUCGACUACCUGGGAAAGACUAAGAUCAUCAUGGCAACCAACCGACCCGAUACCCUGGACCCUGCGCUACUGCGAGCAGGAAGAUUGGACAGAAAGAUCGAAAUUCCCCUGCCGAAUGAGGUUGGUCGAUUGGAAAUCCUCAAGAUCCAUGCCGCGGGAGUGGUAACGGAGGGAAAUAUCGAUUUCGAGAGUGUGGUUAAGAUGAGUGAUGGCCUCAACGGUGCUGACUUGCGAAAUGUGGUAACCGAGGCCGGGCUGUUCGCCAUCAAGGAUUACCGGGAUGCUGUCAAUCAGGAUGACUUCAACAAAGCGGUAAGAAAGGUGGCCGAGGCGAAGAAGCUUGAGGGCAAGCUCGAGUACCAGAAAUUGUAA